CAAGACAGGCGGCGAGAAGCGCCUUCCGCCUAGUCUAGGUGAAGGUAAAACAUCCACUUAAGCCGCCGAUUUCGUCACCAGGGAAAGGCCCUCGGCAGGAGGCACGACAAGGAGCUCGGCUUAGCUUCCGCUGCGGGUCAUCCAGCCUGGCCUCCGCCCCCUCCAAGGCAAAAGUAUAAAGCCGGAGGGAGCGCCGGUUGGGAAGAAAACGCUGAGGUGACGGUCUCGCUUCCAGACCGGCAUCAAGCAUACCCAAGAAAUCCCGGACCCUCGCCCCGCUUUGCCCCCUUUCUGCUCUUACCGUUCGAUGACAGCCCACCCCACCGUACCGAUGGCUAGCUGGGGCUGCCCGAAGAUCCAAGGCGUCUUUCUCUUCCUAGGUUUGCACCUAUUUCAAACCAUUCUCGGUACAACAAUCAUCCCAUUAUGUAGAUUCAAUGCAACUGAAAACUGUACAACUGCUCUGGAAAACAAUCCACGUGUUGCUCAAGUUGAGCUCACAGAAUGCAAGUCCGAAUGGCAAAACUUCUGCUUUAAUGGGGAGUGCAUAUAUGUUGCGGAGAGGGAUCAGCCCCACUGCAGGUGUUAUAAGGGCUAUACUGGCCACCGGUGUAGCCAUUCCAUUCUGGAUCCAGAUCUUGUCCAGCAGCCCCUGACCAAUGAAUAUGUGGCACUCGCUCUUCUCCUGGUUAUAUUUUUCCUCGCUGCAGUUGCCAUUGCCAUGUACUAUGGUUGCAGAUGGCACCAGAACAAGAAGAAAAGACUUGCCACAAGUGAGAACUACAAAGAGAUUCCUACAGAAGCUGGAAAAGACCAUAAGCUACUUAAUGUAUGAAUAACAGGAUUCCUUGACUAUUAUUUAAUAUUAUUAAUACCUUAUUUUAUUAAUAUUUAUGUUCUAAACCAGAAUUUCAAAAUGAUGUAGAUCGAAGUGUAUGUACAGGUCAAAGGGGCUAUUUUUUUAAUAUUUUUAUUUGUAUUUUUAAAUUUUCUGUGCUGCCUUUGAUAAUUUAAUAACUUGCAUUUGUGUGUAUAUGUGGUUGUGUGUGGUUGGGGUGUGUGUGUAUACACGUGCAUACGUAUUUUGUAAAAAGUGUAAUCUUCUCACCACUUACAUGUGGUACACUGUGAAAGAGUUUAUUUUAUAAACUGCCUAGAGUUUUUUGUUUGGGCCAGGUGGUAUAUAAAUGUAAUAAAUAAUACAUAAUAUUGCAUUUUAUUCACUGGAAGAAACUCUGAGUACUUGUAUUAAGAUUAAAUCUUCCUAUCAAGUCAAACUGUGGUGUUUUCCCUUCAAAUCAGAAGUAAUAAAUGGCAUUU